CGUAACUAACGUAGAAGUUAUCGUCAAACUCGUGAACAAACCAGGCCACUAGAUAGUAGAUACCCACUGUGCCGGUGACGGAGUUUUCGUACCAAUCCAAUCAGAGUCUUCCACGUCAAUACUCUCUCCUCUCUCAUCUUCCACGUGUCAACGGUCACCGUCAACUCACCCUCUUCCGUCAAUCCAAAAAACGUUCCCGGUUUCAAUAUAAUAACAAAAAUAAACAAACAAAGCACGAAAAGGCGUCGGUGUAUUCAUUCUCGCCGGCCAAAAUUAAAAAUAAACAAAUUAAAACCCUAAUUUCUUUCUCUCUAUCUCUCUUUCUCUCUCCUUCUUUGUUUUCACGGUAGAUCGGCGGCGAGGAGAUUAUGGACGACGACGAGAUCCAAUCGCAUUCGUCUCCGGCGAGUGGAUCCCCGGCGUCGUCUCCUGGAGCAAUCGGUCGGAUUUCGGUAACGGUUGCGGCACCGGCACCGAUGGAACAGCCGGCCGCGAACAGCUAUGCAUUAGCGCUUCCGAUUCAGAACCAGACGAGAGGAAACAACGGCGGAGGGAGGGAAGAUUGCUGGAGCGAAGGCGCAACGGCGAUUCUGAUCGAAGCUUGGGGCGAGAGGUAUCUGGAAUUGAGCAGAGGGAAUCUGAAGCAAAAGCAUUGGAAGGAGGUUGCGGAGAUCGUGAACGGCAGAGAGGAUUACGUUAAAGUACCUAAAACCGACAUCCAGUGCAAAAACCGGAUCGACACGGUGAAAAAGAAGUACAAAUCGGAGAAAGCUAAGAUAGCCGCCGGAGGCAUCAUCACCACCAGCAAAUGGCCGUUUUAUGAUAAAUUAGAUCAUUUAAUCGGUCCAGCCGCCAAGAUCUCCGGCGUCUCCGCGACCGGAAAGAGUAAUUUGCCACAGCAAAAAGUUCCGGUCGGCUUUCGCCCGAAUCAGUUUAAUCCUGAAAAGAAAAUUCAGCAUCAACAAGUUGAUUUAAAGUACCAGAAGGUUCAUCUCCGACCAAGAGUUCCUCCGGUGGAUUCCGAUUCAUCAGAAAAGGAAGCGUUAUCGCCGAUUUCGAGCGAUAGUUUUCCGCCGGAAGGCUGCGAGAGGAAGAGAGCGAAGGUGAUGAAAGGAAGGAAGGGAAAAGGUUGGGGAAGUUCGGUGAUGGAAUUGACUGAUGCGAUUGUGAAAUUUGGUGAAGCUUAUGAACAAGCGGAGACAUCGAAGUUGCAGCAGUUGGUGGAGAUGGAGAAGCAGAGGAUGAAAUUUGCAAAGGAUUUGGAGUUGCAAAGAAUGCAGUUUUUCAUGAAAACUCAGAUGGAGAUUUCUCAGCUUAAGCUUGGGAAAAAAAGUUGCAACACAAGCAAAAAUCAUAGCAACAACAAUGAAAAUAGCAACAAUAAUCAUAAUCAUAAUAAUAAUAGUGAUAAUCAUAAUAAUAAUAGUGAUAGUGAAUGAGUGAUAGCUAGAUUAAGGUUAGAUUUCAAUGCAAAUUCAAAUUAGCCUUGUAUGUGUUUAGUUUGUGGAUUAAUUUAUCCAUUAAUUGUUAUAGUUAACUUAGUGGGAUUGCUGCAAAAAUAAAAUAAAAAU